AUGAUGGGCAAAAUGGAGUCGUCGCCUAAUAGCUCAGGAGGAUUAUGGAAGCGACAGGCGUCAUCGUCUUUGGAAGAAGGAAGGACCAACAGCAGCAGUCCUAACAACAAUGAUGCUGACGUUGAAGCAAGCCAAGGCGACAACAGUAGUGGUGUGUCUCUGUUGAGUGCUCCCGAUGGCAUUGUGGGAGCCGAGGACGGAGAAACUCAAAAUCUCACCUGGUUUGUCUAUGGACACAUUGGGUUGAGUUUUCUCUUGUUGGUUGCGGGGUCAGUCAUUGUACCCGUUUUUGCAGCCGUGGAAAAGGAAGCAUGGCGUGAGGAGAAUAUUCCCUAUCAAAAGAUUUCAUCGGGAGAUGUCAUUUUAGACCAGCAGUUGAACAAGCCAUUGGCCGAUCCUCCUACCAUCUCUUCCGGAAUGCUGAUCAUGACUGCCAUUGUAGUUCCUCUACUAUUGGUGCUAUUCGUCAACCACUUUGACGUGCUAGCUUCCUGCCGACGAAUUCAAUUGAUCAAGAUUCAACAAUUGCACGAACUUCGAGCGGGGGUUUCGGCACUCUUUGUGUCGAUCGGUCUCUCGGAAGCCAUUACACAGACUUUGAAACUAUACGUGAGACGGCAUCGACCCAACUUUUAUGCCCUCUGCGGUUUUGAUCCAGUGUCAUUGAAAUGCACUGCGAAACUAUCUAGAAUCCACGAGGCCAGUUUGAGCUUUCCAUCGGGACACUCCAGUUUGAGUUUUUGUGGCAUGACCUUUUUGGUCUACUUUUUCUUGGGCCGGGUGGCCCUCCUUGCACCUAAUACGACCAUGGCCCUACCCGGAGGAAGAUCUAUCAAACUAUACCCCUACAAAGCUCUAUUGGGAGUCAUGGCACAAUUGCUUCCUUGGAGUUAUUCCGUGUUUGUGGCAACUUCCCGGAUUGCAGACAAUUGGCAUCAUCCAUCCGAUAUCCUGGCAGGAACCCUGUUGGGUAUUACGGCUGCAACCAUUGGAUAUCGGGCCUUUUACCCGUCUCCGUCGACGAGUAGUGGUGGGGCCAAGGCGGGAAUCCCAUUGUCACUGCAAUAA